GCCAGCCUAUCAUGGUGAGCGAGUGGACGUGUUUGCAAAAUGGAGGACCCCAGCGCGGAUUCAUCGACGGGGACCCCUUCGUCGCUGCAAGGAAAUGCGGAAUAUGGCGCGUCUGAGAAGCAAUUCAUUUCUGAGGCCAGUGAUAGUUUAUCAAACUGUUUGUGUUCAAAACCCUCGGACUACCUCGCAGCUCCAUUAUCAAACGACCGCCUCGUUGACCACGACCCAUUUCAAGAUGGCGAAAGUUUGGACAACGCCGUCGGCACUGAGGAGGAAGAGUGGCGUUGGCUAGACCAGGCGGUAUGUCUGCCUGUAUCAAGCAGCGUGUUGCUCGAGCCGGCACCCACAUUUAGUGCGAACGCAUCGUCGCCGUCGAAUGCAGCAAUAACUCAAUCAGCACGCCGUACUCGGCUCGCGGUUACGAGCCAGCGGAACUCGCCACUGUCGACUGCACAAAAGAAGGUGGACGAGAUGAAACGUCGUACAGAUUAUUUGGCUAACAUGGGCCUCGUGUUUGAGUUAAAAGGUGCCAGCGAGGACGAGUAUUUUGAGGAUAAAGAAGCUCGCGAAAACGUUCUAAAUUUGUUUGUGGAGAAAGAUCUUCCUAGCGGGAUCCUCGACGACGACACAGGAAAAGAAGCCGCACCGGCAUUGCCAAAGGGCAUAGCAGUUCUCGACCCCGAGACGCUUAUCAAUACAGAACGUGAGGCGCGGGCAGCCUCUGCAACAACUCAUAAUAUGUUAAUGACCGACCAAGAGCUGGAAUCAUUAUCUGCCCGAGGGCUUGAUUUCAGUCCGCAGGCCGCUGCUGCAACCACGAAGGAUGUGCCGGUCAAUGAAGUAACAGAUGGUGAUGAUGAUGCCAAUGUCGUUAACUCUGAUACCACUGCAAGUACGACGGCAGCGGUGCCUAUAACGUUUGAUAAGGCAUCGAAUGCAAUCAGAGUUGUCGUCACAACGGCAUCAGGUGAACAGCAAGUUUUACAAGUUAGUGCACAAUCUGUUCUUCAGUGUGGGGCCUCUGUCCCUCUGGAGUCACUACUGUCGUCUGCAAUUCUUUUGAACCCAACUGAGCUUCAAAAAUCGGCGGCUGAACCAGCUUCUGCGUCAGAAGACGUCAGUGCUGUAGCUGCCAUAACGGAAGACAACGUGGAAAGUGAUGAACCCGCAGUCCUGCAAGCGCAGUUGCCUUCGAGCCUCCUUCCCUCGUCUUCCUCUCGUAAGGUCUUCCAGUGCGGUUUGCCAGACUGCGGCCAGGUCUUCGAUAAGGGUUGCAAGUUACGAGUGCACCUCAUGAGCCAUACGACAUGCAGACCCUUCAAGUGUACGGAGGAAAACUGUGAGUGGUCCUUUGCAACUGUCUACAAGCUCCGCAGGCAUCUCAAGACUCACGCAGGGAAGAAGGAAUUCAUGUGCGAGGUGGAAGGCUGUGGCCGCAGCUUCACGACAGUCUACAAUCUCAAGAGUCACAGGAACCUGCACAAGCGACCGCAGUUUACGUGCCCUGCACCCGACUGCAGGGCCAGCUUUGCCAACCGGCGCAGAAUGCAGCUCCACUUGCGGGAACACGGAGAAAUUGAUGCUCCUUUCAAGUGCCCAGAAGCAUCCUGCGGAAAGUCUUAUUACUCAGCCAACACAUUAGCAUCCCACGUUCGGGGCCAUCACAACAAAGAGGAAGAUCUCAGGUGCCCCUUUGAAGGUUGUGGACGGGUCUUUGACCGCGUGGGAAAGCUCAAGCUCCAUGUGAGACAGCACACGGGGGAGCGACCCUAUGUUUGUCCGUUUGCGAAUUGUACCUGGACAUUUGCAAGCGCCAGCAAGCUCACCCGCCACAUGCGGAAGCACACUGGCGACCGGCGUUACGUUUGUCCUGAAGCGGGAUGCAAGAAGAAGUUCAUGAGGCCCGAACAUCUCAAGGGACACAUGGUGGUCCACUCUGGUGGACGACCCUUUGAGUGUCCCCAUGAAGGUUGCAGCAAAAGGUUUGCAGCCAAGUCUAGUCUGUAUGUUCAUCUCAAGAAACACAUGGCAGGAAAUGCAGGGACCAAGAGUGCCAAGUCGGCUCCUCGUGAGAAGCUCGUGUACCCCUGCCCCAUGGGAGCAUGCUCCAAACGCUACCAUGCCAAAGGGUCUUUGCGGCAACAUAUCCUCAUGUGCCACUCCAUCUUGCUAGCCGAAAGCUGCACGGAGGAGGCCGCGGACGCGUGCCAGGGAUCGGACGAGAUGGCUGGCAUCGUGGAAGACUCUGAACAGGAAUUUAUCCUUCCCCUUUCGUUAGACGAUGCUAUGGUGGCAGAAGUGCUCGCUGCGGGUAAUGGCAGUGUUGCCAGCGUUCUUCCAAACUUCGUUCUUCCUGAAGCAACAGACGCAGAAAUAGGGGUAGACGAGGCACUCCUGGCGACCUCUCCCGACGUACCUCAGGUGCAGACGACGCAGGCUCAAAGUGGUACGGACUCUCAGUUGUGUGCCGUACUGGAUGCACCCGUCAGCAUUGCUAGUUUGCUUACAGAGGACCUGGAGACUGUUUCUUCAUCACGGGUGCUGCAGGAAAAUCAUAGUGGUUCGGCACGCACAGACUACUGUAGCAACCAUUUGUACAAUGGGCAAGCCAAGAAGAGGAGUGCGGCCCUGCUCGGAUUGUCCUCAGCAUCUGGAAGUAAGAAGACAGAACCGUCCAACGGAGUAGCCCUUUCAUGUGCCGAUGUCAUCCUGACUUCGUCAGCGGUCAGAGAGCCUUCUGCAUCUGUGGGCUUGAUCAUUCCCGAUGACCCUUCGCCUGGCUCAAACAUCUACUCAGACCACAUCUUGUCCUCCGUGCCCGAGCUGUCCGGGCCGGUGACGACGUUGCUAGCCGAGCACACGUCAUCUUCCGAGAUAAGUACAACAAUCAGGCUGCAGGACCUCGACUGAUGGCAAAGCCUGGGGGAGGUUCCUGGAACGGUUUCUUUUUCUACGUGGUGUAGAUAAGCAUUUGCACUUUCUCUCUGCUGAAUAAAAGGGAGACUUUUUGUACAGGUUA